UAGGUUACAACCUAUGACUCUUUCCACGCAUGUGCUGGCAAAGCAUCCCAUCACUGCGGCAUUACAGGAAAAUAUCUUGCAAUUGCUGAGUAUUGUUAAGCGCUAUAUUCCAUUAUCCAAUGAUGUCGCUGGGAUCGAUAGCAGCAGUGUUGAAAUCGACAAGUUUUUGCUUCGGAAUGAAGUUGCAGCAUUUGAUGAAAGCUCUCAUUGUGAUCUAGUUCAAAAACAAGCACAAAAGAUUGUUCAGCGACAGUUUAGUGUUCAAUUUCUUGUUGCCGUGAGUGCGCUGCUUGCAACCCAUUUAGGCGUGCCAUUAGCUGUGUGUAUUCCCAGCUGGGUGUUGGUUUCUGGUCUCGGAUUUGGAUGGAUGAAUCUAAAAUGGUUGGCUACUCAGCGUCGCUUUUUGCGAGAUAUCAGCGAAUCGCAAAAAACACUCAAGAGUCGACUCUCUACUGUCUAUGAUAACGAGUUUACAAGAGUUAUUGCUGCUCCUUUGGCUGUAUCUGUCAAGAUGAUUGAAGAGGCUAUUCAUCAGCGAACUUUAGAAGCAACUGCAGCUAGAAAAUACCUGGACGAACUUUUGCUUCAAUGCAAGGACUCGAACAAUGUUCAGAAAUAGUUUUUGUUCACUCGAGUAAUGGUUCUUUGUUAUAUCUACUUAUUCAUUGAUUGAUGUUUUCAACUCACCAUUUACCACCUUGACAAGCUCUGAAAUAAAUAAAAACAAAUGCCACAAUC